AUGUCGGCGAAGGACCCACCGCGCCAGUCGCGAUACGCCUCGGACUCGGAGGCCAGUGAAGAAGAGGGUCAGCAAUUCAAACGGCGGAGGAGACUUCAUGGCGCUUGUGAUGCUUGUAAAAAGAAGAAAACCAAAUGCGACAGUGCUCUAAUGCCUGACAGGGUUUGUUCCAACUGCAUCAACUCAAAGAUCGAAUGUGCACAUACAAUCCCAAGACAAAAGAAACGCGACAGGCAACAAGAGUACAUCCUCCAACUUGAAGAAAAGAUUCGCAAGUUGGAGGAAGUCCUUGGAGCUUCCUCCGCAGACACCCACUCCAGUCCUUCUGCAACUCAUCAAACUGAGAGUUCGCGGCACACUUCUCCUUCCAGUGGCGGGGGUGGACUCUCUGAUAUUCGACCACCCAUUCCUCAAACAAUGAGUGGCGCUGGGUCACCAUCGUCAACCGAGGAAGUCAAGAUGGAAGACUGGGAUUCUGACGACGGUGCAGGACGAUGCUUGGCCGAGAGAAUGGGCCUCCUGGCCGUGGAUUGUCACGACAAUAGAUUCUUUGGAAAGGCGAGCCUCAUCAGCUUCGUUUCUCAAAUCGCUGAGCUCUCUCGGGAGCCAAACGAGGAAGGCAUCUCCUUCGUCCGCCGCCCCGCAAUAUGGGAUCUACGACCAUGGGAACGCGAAUACGCGGACUCUCCCGAACCCAUCUAUGAAUUCCCCGAAACAGACCUCCUCGAGUCAUUGCUAGUUAUUUAUGGCGAACGGGUGCACCCGCAAUUACCCGUCCUGCACUGGCCAUCUUUCCUGCGAGAUGUUCGGAGUGGGCGCCACUUCAAGGAUCCUGGUUUCGGUAUGAUCCUCCUCGCAGCUUGUGCAACAGCAUCACGGUACACCGCCGAUGAACGAGUCAUCAUUGUGGACCAUGAGAACCCUGAUCUGUCAGGACCAUCUGCAGGUUGGAGGUUUAUCGCUCAAACACCGUUGGUCCGCAAAUCGAUCAUUGCGCAGGCCACCAUUCUUGACCUGCAGUACUAUGCUCUCAUUGUUUUCUACUUCCUCGGCACAUCGUCCCCACAUACUGCAUGGAACCUCCUAGGUAUUGCCAUGCGUUUUGCCAUCGAAAUGGGGCUGCAUCGGCGCAAGGGCGCAGCUUCCCCGAAAACCAAGGCACAGUCAGAAUUGGAGAAACGUAUAUUCUGGUCCUUGCUCACUUUGGAAUGGCUUACUAGCACAUCACUUGGACGUCCUCCAUGUCUCCACGAUGAAGACAUCGACAUCGACUACCCCAUCGAAUGCGACGACGAGUACUGGGAUUCAGAAGUCGACGACCCCGAAAAGGCGUGGAAGCAGCCUCCAAACAAACCAAGUCUCAUCACCGCGAUGAACUUCCACCUCAAGCUUUGCGAAAUCGCAGCCUUCAUGCUUCGAACUCUGUACUCGUCAAAAAAGUCCAAAGUUUUGACUGGGUCCAUUGGCGAGCAGUGGGAGAGGCGGAUUGUAUCCGAGCUCGACUCCGCCAUGAAUAGGUGGAAGGACGGGUUACCACAGCAUCUCCGGUGGGACCCAAGCCAUCCAGACAUCCAAGUCUUCAACCAACAAGUCCUCCUCCACUCCGCGUUCUACUACCUCCAAAUCCAAAUCCACCGGCCCUUCCUCCAGGGACAAACCACACUGGCACUACCUGCCCUCGCCAUGUGCACGAAUGCAGCCAGAGCUACUAGUCGAUUGGUGGAUGCUACCAUGAAGAGACAGAGUUUCUCUUCAGUCAACACAUUCGCUGCAGCAUUCGCUGCGAGUACGGUGCUGGUGAUCAACCUCUGGGGACGUCGUGGUCCCAAGUUAUCUUACCUGCUGCAGAAAGAGGUCGAAGAUAUCCAGUGUCUGCUUCGUUUCUUGAAGUCGGGAGGCGAACGGUGGCACAUCGCAGGCAGGUUCGGAGACAUCCUGACUGAAUUUUGCUCCCUCGGCGGCCUUCCUGUUCCGCUGCCUGAAAGCCAGGACCAAUCCCGAAAACGAACAAGAGACGAGAGCAACGCGCCCAGGCAAUCCGACAUCUUCGCUGCGCUCGUAAGCACCUUCCCGUCCGACCCGCAGAUAUUCGACAAGUUCACUUCCGCCCCGAAUCCUAAUCCGAGCGACACAGGUGCAGGCUCCUCGAGCUCUGGCACACCAGUGCAAUUCUCCGACCAAGGUGGCCCCUCCCAAUCCCAGUUUUCCGGCCAUUUACCGCCCUCAAAUCCAGACUGGGAUUUAAGCACGCUCUUACUGACACAACUGGGUUACGCCGAGCAUGCAAAUCCAGCUUUCAACUUCCCUUCGACAACGCCGACACCGGCAACAACCAAUUCCGCUCUUCAACCGCCCUUUAACCUCGACAACAAUCCAAUCCCCGGGACAAACCCGUUUACCUUGGUGGACAACAAUGUGCUACCUUCUUCGCGAGAUACGAGCGCCAUGUCGAUGUGGAUGACAGCACCUACAGCGUGGAGCAUCAGCGAAUGGAACCACUACCUAGCCAGUCUCACUCACCAACCUCUAUCCAACGACCCACUCUUUCCUCCCUUGACAUGAAUCCCUCUUUCAUCCAUCGCUGCAUCCCCUCCU